AUGGCAACGGCGGCCUGUUCAACGGACUUAUCUCGAGAAUCCUCCUGCCGCGACGGCUCCGCCGCAUCCCACCUAAAACUAAUCUCCCUCUUCGUCAUCUUCCUCACAAGCGCCAUCGGCAUGUCAGCCCCCGUCCUCCUCGCCCGUAUCUUCCGGGGAAAACCGUUAUACGACAGAGCCUUAGUUCUAAUAAAAUGCUUCGCGGCGGGAGUGAUCCUCUCCACCUCCUUAGUCCACGUCCUCCCCGACGCGUACUCCGCACUCGCCGACUGCCACGUGGCCUCCCGUCAUCCAUGGAAGGAUUUCCCGUUCUCCGGACUUGUGACUCUCAUCGGUGCUAUUCUCGCUCUGUUCGUCGACCUCGUGGCGAGCUCUCACGUCGGACACGCUGAGUAUGAGCAGAUCGGAGCCGGAGACAAAGAAUUGGGAGUUGUUGAACUUGGAGGAGUUGGAAGUGAAAGAGGUGAAGAAUUGGUUAGGUUGAAACAGAGACUGGUUUCGCAGGUCUUGGAGAUUGGGAUAAUUUUUCAUUCAGUCAUAAUUGGUGUGACUAUGGGUAUGUCACAGAAUGUUUGUACUAUUCGCCCUUUAGUUGCGGCUUUGGCUUUUCAUCAGAUUUUUGAAGGGAUGGGUCUCGGUGGCUGUGUUGCUCAGGCAGGAUUUAGCUAUGGAACAGUGGCGUACAUGUGUUUCAUGUUCUCAGUAACAACUCCAUUGGGGAUAAUUUUGGGGAUGGUAUUAUUCUCAUUAACAGGCUAUGAUGAUAGUAACCCAAAUGCAUUAAUCAUGGAAGGGUUACUAGGUUCAAUUUCUUCUGGAAUUCUUAUAUACAUGGCUCUUGUUGAUCUUAUAGCAGCUGAUUUCUUUCACAAUAAGCUUAUGAACUCGGAUCCACGCUUAAAAAAGGCUUCUUUUGUUGCCUUAACCAUGGGUUCUGCUUCUAUGUCUAUUCUAGCUCUUUGGGCUUGA